AUGGUGGCUCCUGCAGCCCCGGCCCAUGUGCGUACUGCCCGCUUGGCCAGCUUUUUCAAUUCCGUGGUCAAGGGCAAGCGAGCGGUCAACACAGCCCGCGACGCAUGCCUCCUGGUCGAAGCAAUCUGCGAUCAGCCCGACCACUCGGCCUGCGUUGAAAGGCUCGUCGCAAGCGAUGCAGCCUCCGAUGCACUCCGUGCAGGUUUGCGAUUCAAUAUUUCGGAUGCUUUCAUCAAUAACGAAUUGCACCAUCUGUUGUCAUACCUGAGCGAUCCGCUUGUGAAGCAACUGUGCAACGGAGACUUUCUGAGAAGACUUCUCAUCCUCGUCGUGGAUCCACCUUCUCUGUGGAAUGCCAUGGUCGAGGCCUUCGAUGGACGACGUCUAAUCCCGCAAUCGGAACAGAGCUUUGCAUGGCUUCUGUUGGAAAUUUUGUCUUGGGGCUCGAAUGCCCCUCUCAAUACCGAAGACGUCGCCGAGCAUGCAGUUGCGACCGAACGCUUUACCAAGUCGGACAACAGCGACCUACGUACUCUCGGCUACCGCAUCAAACAUGUCCUUCGCACCCGAUCAGUUGCCUUUCCUUCGGUCUCUGCUAUUUCUGGCCCCGGCGGACGCCAUGACAACGACUUCUCAGACUUCCGCAAGAUUGCCAUCUAUCCCACCGAGCACGAGCUUGUUUCAACAGAGAGACCAUUCUAUCGUCGGGCGGAUGCUGUGCAUGAGGCGCAGCCCGAGGAACGAGCCGGCGUACAUCUCGACAAUCAAUUCAGGCUUCUGCGGGAGGACAUGCUUGCCGAGCUUCGAGAAGAUCUGAAGAUUUCGCAGUCGAAGAAAGGAAGGCGCAAGAAUCUCAGGCUACGUGGACUGUUGCUUGCCGGCUUUCAUUGUGGAGCUGAGAAGCGCCGCCAGGCCUUCUCCAUCACCGUGACGUGCACUUCCGGGCUGGAGCGACUAACCGACCUUCCCCACAAGAAUCGCAAGAGCUUUCUCAAAGAAGAUCGCAAGUUCUUGAAGCACCAAUCCUUUGGAUGCAUGCUGGAAAACAACCAGGUGGUUGCAUUUGCCACAUUAGAGAGAGUCGAGGAGAAGCUUCUUCAAGAUCCCCCCGCCGUCACUUUGCGCAUCCCCGAUACCAGGGCCCUGGAAAGGGCACUGUUGACUCUGAAGGUGUCCAAAAAUGUUGACUUUGUACUCGUCGACACAGCAAUGUUCGCGUACGAACCUGUCUUGCAGUGCCUGCAGGCGAAAGUCGAGCUUCCUCUUGCUGAGGAGCUUCUCUCCCUGGAUGGAAGAGAGACAGGUGCUCCAUGCAGAUCAUCACAGAUCUGCCCUACGAAUGUUGCUGAUUAUGUCGAGGAUGCAGAGGGCGGAGGACUAGAUCGUAUCCUGACACUGCCGAUGCCUGUAGAUCUUGACCGUUCCCAAACAGCAUCACUACUCGCAGGUCUGAGACAAGCUGUCAGUCUGAUCCAAGGACCACCAGGUACUGGAAAGUCUUUUAUCGGCGCCCUUCUCGCGAAGGCCUUCCACGAUCACACUUCACAAAAGAUCAUGGUCAUCUGCUACACGAACCAUGCCCUCGACCAAUUCUUGGAAGAUCUUCUUGACACUGGCAUUCCGGGCAGCAGCAUGGUGCGCUUGGGAGCGCAGUCUCGCCCGAGGACAGAACACCUCAGCUUGUUCCAGCAGACAAGCGGCUACCGACGUAGUCAAGACACCUGGAACGUUAUCCGCAAGUUGAAUGACGAAGUGGACAGUUCCGAGAGGAAUCUGAAGGACCUUGUCGCCUCUUACGUGAACUUUAGUCUCAAGAAGACCGAAAUCAUGGAGUAUUUGGAAUUUUCUGAUGACCAUUCAAGCUUCUUCGACGCUUUCCAGCUCCCAGAAAGCGAAGACGACUUUAAGGUCGUCGACGAAAGCGGGCAUGCCGUGGACGAGACAUACCUUUACGAUCGAUGGCGCAGAGGAGAGGAUCCUGGGGUCUUCAAGGAUACCAUCGCUCCCGCUCAUUCCGAGAUUUGGGGACUCAGCCCUACGGAGCGACAAGAGAUUAACAAUAAAUGGACGCAACACCUUCUUGAAGAGAGAGUUGCAAGCAUCUCAAGCUUGGUGGAGGCUCUCGAUGCUUCCCAGCGGCAACUUCAGUCCACACUCGAUCAACAAAAGCUCCAAAUCCUUCGUGAAAAGCGUAUCAUUGCAUGUACGACAACAGCAGCCGCCAAGUAUACCCAGCUACUACAAAAUGCCUCCCCUGACAUCAUCUUGGUGGAAGAAGCUGGAGAGAUUCUUGAAAGCCACGUCCUGACGGCAAUGACCCCACAAACGAAGCAGCUAAUCCUUAUUGGCGACCAUCAGCAGCUACGCCCCAAAGUCAACAACUACGAGCUCACUGUGGAGAAAGGCAACGGCUAUGAUCUGAACCGCUCUCUUUUUGAACGCCUCAUUCUCGCAAGGUUUCCUCAUACGACCUUGGCCGAGCAGCACCGCAUGUGCCCCGAGAUCUCUGCUCUUGUGCGGCAUCUCACGUACCCAAAUCUUCGGGACGCACCGAAGACGCAGAACAAGCCAUCACUCCGAGGCAUGCAAGAUCGAGUCGUCUUUUUCAAUCAUCAUUACUCCGAGUUUUCCGAGGACGCUAUCGCAGACCGUCGUGACCAAGGCUCCGGCGUUAGCAAGAAAAACUUGUUCGAGGCGGAAAUGGUCCUCCAAAUCGUGCGGUACCUGGCGCAACAGGGAUAUGGCACUUCGGACCAGGUGGUUUUGACGCCGUAUCUGGGUCAGCUGAGCCUCCUGCGACAGCGCUUGAGCGAGGAGAACGAUCCGGUCUUGAACGAUCCAGAUUCAUUUGAUCUCGUCAAGGCGGGACUAUUGUCUCCGGCUACUGCAAACCAGAACAAGCGCCGAAUCAAGAUAUCCACUAUAGACAACUACCAGGGGGAGGAAAGCGACAUUGUCAUUGUGUCACUUACCCGAGGAAACUCGGCGGGAGACAUCGGCUUCAUGUCAUCUCCGGAGAGGCUCAAUGUCCUGUUGUCUCGUGCACGCAUCGGUCUCGUUAUCAUUGGAAACUCCGAAACCUUUCAGCAGAGUAGGAAGGGGAAAGCUACGUGGGGCCCUUUUAUGGAUUACCUGAGUAAGAAAGGGCACAUCUACGAGGGACUACCCGUCAAGUGCCAACAGCAUCCAGGCAAGAAGAUGAUUUUGAAGCAGAAGACUGACUUUAAUGAACAUUGUCCCGAUGGCGGAUGUUCUGCUCCUUGCGGAGCGAAAUUGAAUUGCGGACUUCACGCUUGUCCUUCGAGAUGCCAUCAACUCUCCGAUCACUCGAAGAUCAAUUGCCGUGUCGUCAUGAGCGAUAUGUGCCCUCAAAAGCACAAGCUCUCCUGGCGUUGCUUCGCUGGUCGCCCUUCCUUCUGUCGAGCCUGUGAUGACGAGGCGCGAGAUAAGGCGAAGAAGCUCCAAAGAGAUCUUGAUAUCGAAGAAAGGCGGAAAGCCAAGCAAAGAGCUUACGCGAAGGAGCUUGCCGAAAUCCAAGAUCAGCUCGAUUACGAGCGCAGGUUACGUCGAGAUGACUCCGAGCAGCAAGAGCGAGACAGGGUCCUCCGCCAACAUCGAAGAGAUCUUGCUGAGCUUAGGCAGGCGGGUAGUCGGCAAAGCGCGAGCACGCAUACCACCUCGAAGCCUCAAACCGAGAGCCUAUCGAAGCCACCACAAACUCCUUCUCUACCGAAGCCGAAACCUACCGAGUCUACGCCAGAAGACCCCGUAAGACGCGCAGACAACCAUAAGCGGGAAGGAAAAGGGACUUGGAAGCUGCCCGAUUCUUGUGCAGCACAGGAAUGGGAGGAUCAGAAGAAAUUUGAAGGUGCUUCAAAUGCAGCUCUGGAUGACUUGAUGAAGAUGAUCGGUUUGGAGAACGUCAAGGACCAGUUCCUCUCCAUCAAGGGAAAGAUUGACGUUGCCGUCCGCCAGGACCUUGACAUGAAAAAAGAGCGCUUCGGUGCUGCGUUACUAGGUAACCCCGGCACAGGAAAGACGACCGUGGCUCGCCUCUACGCGAAGUUCCUUGCGUCAGUGGGGGCGCUGCCAGGGAAUUUCUUCGUGGAAACUACAGGUUCACGGCUCGCAAACGAUGGCGUUUCUGGAUGCAAGAAGCACAUAGAGGAGAUCCUGAAUAACGACGGCGGCGCCAUGUUCAUCGACGAAGCAUACCAGCUUGUUUCCGGCUCCAGCGCAGGCGGAUCGCAAGUUCUCGAUUUCCUCCUGGCUGAGGUGGAAAACCUCACCGGCAAAAUCGUUUUCAUCCUGGCUGGCUACAACAAGCAGAUGGAAGCCUUCUUCGCGCACAAUCCUGGCAUCCCCAGCCGCUUUCCCCGCGAAAUGCAGUUCAAAGACUAUGAAGAUGCGGAGCUACUAGAGAUUCUGAAGUACGGCCUGGGCAAGCGGUACGGGGGCCGCAUGAAAGUCGAGCUCGGUGUUGACGGACUCUACGCUCGUAUCGUCGCUCGUCGCAUCGGCCGCGGCAGAGGGCGCGACGGCUUCGGGAACGCACGAGCGGUUGAGAAUGCGCUGGCCGGGAUGACGGAUCGCCAGGCGAGGCGGCUACGGCGCGAGCGGAAAGCGGGCAACACGCCUGAUGACUUGUUGCUAACUCAGGAAGACCUACUGGGUCCGGAGCCUACCGAUGUGCUCAAGGACAACGCGUCCUGGAACAAACUUCAGCAGCUCAUCGGCCUCUCCUCUGUCAAGAAUUCGGUCAAGGCCCUCUUUGACAGCAUCCAGUACAACUAUUCCCGCGAACUCGAUGAGGAACCGCUGGUUGAUUUCACUCUGAACAAGGUCUUUCUUGGGAAUCCUGGGACGGGAAAAACCACCGUUGCGAAGCUCUAUGGGCAGAUUCUUGCUGAUAUCGGUCUUCUUUCGAGCGGUGAAGUGGUCGUAAAGACGCCUGCGGACUUCGUCGGCAGCGUCAUCGGAGCAUCCGAGGCCAACACCAAAGGUAUCUUGGCUGCAACGGUCGGGAAGGUUUUGGUCAUCGACGAAGCAUACGGCCUCUACGGGGGAAACACGGGCGGCGCAGCUGAUCCGUACAAGACCUCGGUCAUCGACACCAUCGUUGCUGAAGUCCAGAGUGUGCCUGGGGAUGACCGUUGUGUACUGCUCCUGGGUUACAAAGAGCAAAUGGAGGACAUGUUCCAAAAUGUCAAUCCAGGUCUCACCCGGCGAUUUCCCCUCGACUCUGCCUUUACGUUCGAAGACUUCUCCGCGGCAGAGCUGGAAGCCAUCUUCGAUCUGAAGCUGAAGCAACAAGGCUUCACGGCCAGCGUCCAGGCUAAGAAGACGGCGUUGGACAUGCUCAGCCGCGCACGCAACAGGCCGCACUUUGGCAAUGCCGGCGAGAUUGACAUCCUGCUCAACGCCGCCAAGCUCAAGCACCAGCAACGGAUUUCGACCAAGGGCAGGCAAGCGGCGGCGUCCGGACCCGCCUCGUUCGAAGCGCAAGAUUUCGACCCGGACUUCGACCGCGGCCAAAAGGCCACUACCAACGUCGCGAAGCUCUUCGAAGGCGUCGUCGGCUGCGACGACAUCGUCAACCAGCUGCAAGGCUACCAGACCACCGUCGCCAACAUGCGCGCGCUGGACAUGGAUCCCACGGAGCACAUCCCCUUCUCCUUCCUGUUCCGCGGGCCGCCCGGCACGGGCAAGACGUCGACGGCGCGCCGCAUGGGCAAGGUCUACUACGACAUGGGCUUCCUGUCCACGGCCGAGGUGCUCGAGUGCUCCGUCACCGACCUCGUCGGCUCGUACGUCGGCCAGACGGGGCCCAAGACGCAGAAGCUGUUCGAGCGCGCGCUCGGCAAGGUGCUGUUCAUCGACGAGGCGUACCGGCUCGCCGAGGGCCACUUCGCGGCCGAGGCCAUGGACGAGAUGGUCGACUGCAUCACCAAGCCCCGCUUCGCCGGCCGCCUCGUCGUCAUCCUCGCCGGCUACGACGCCGACAUCAACCGCCUCAUGCAGGUCAACCCGGGCCUCACCUCGCGCUUCCCCGAGACGGUGUCGUUCCGCGCGCUGCGGCCCGACGAGUGCCUCGACCUCUUCACGCAGUCGCUGCUCCAGAGCAGCAAGGGGAAAAAGAAGAAGACGAUGAGCGCCAUCGACUUCGCCCCCUUGCUGGACCCCCCGUCGCCGCCGCUGCGCGAGCGCCUGCUGGCCCUGUUCGCGGCCCUCGCGGCCCUGCCCAGCUGGGCCAGCGCCCGCGACGUCAAGACGCUCGCGAAGAACGUCUUCGGCCGGGCGGUGCGGUCGAUGGGUUCGAAUGCGGUCCUCGACGAGCGCUGCGUCGUGGAGGAGGUGGAGCGGAUGCUGCGCGAGCGCGAGAACAGGGGGUUGUCGUCGUCGUCGUCGUCGUCGUCGUCGCAGCAACAGCAACAGCGACGCCGACAGACCGCGUCUCAUCCCCCUCCUACCCCAGCGACUCUCGACCCACCAAGCACGUCGUUGCCGUCGAGAGCGAGCACCGCCGCGGCCAAGGCUGCGCAGCAGAAACACAUGACUCCUCCCCCCACUCCUCCUUCUCCUCCUCCCGCCCCUCUCGAAGCUGCCGCGGAUCAGGACGUGGCCGCCGAGGCUCGCGACGCGGGCGUCAGCGACGCCGUCUGGGAGCAGCUGCGGCGAGACAAGGCGCAGGCCGAGGCGGACGAGCGCGAGUACCGGCGCAUGGAGGAGCGGGAGAGGGCGCUCAAGGAGGAGAAGGAAAAGGAAGCAGCUGCAGAAGAAAAAGAAGACAAAGAAGCAGCGCUCGCGGGAGAGGAACCGCCGGAUGAUGGCGAUGAUGGCGAUGGCGAUGACCCGGAGAAGGCGGAGCGCGAGCGCAGGCGCGUGGAAGAGAUUGCUGAGCGCGAGCGCAGGCGCAUAGAGAAGGUUGUGGCGCAGAGGCGGCGCGAUGAGGAGCUCGCGAAGAUUGAGCGGAAGCGCGAGGAGAGGAGGGAGGAGGAGAAGAGGCAGGUGUGUUUGCGGAAGAUGGGGGUUUGUGUGGCGGGGUUUAGGUGGUUGAAGCAGAGCGGCGGGUAUAGGUGCGCGGGCGGGACGCAUUGGGUUGGGGAUAGGGAGAUUGAGGCGUAUAUGAGGUAG